UUCUUUUCCGUCAUCACUUCACGAACCGCGGUCGUAAAGUGAGUACGCGCUUGUCAACGUCAAGUGGGAAAUAGAUUCUUCAAAAGAAAUUUUUAUUCUGUAACUUUUGUAAGAAGUUUAAAAUCAAAAAGAAAAAUGGGUAAAGAUUUCGAUGCCGCUGGUUUUGUUAAAGAUUUCGCUGCUGGUGGUAUUUCCGCAGCUGUCUCAAAGACUGCCGUUGCCCCAAUUGAGCGUGUGAAAUUGCUUUUGCAAGUUCAACACAUCUCAAAACAAAUCAGCCCCGAUAAGCAAUAUAAGGGUAUGGUUGAUUGCUUUGUCCGCAUUCCAAAAGAACAAGGUUUUGCAUCAUACUGGCGUGGUAAUUUAGCCAACGUUAUCAGAUAUUUCCCAACCCAGGCUUUGAACUUCGCUUUCAAGGAUAAAUACAAGCAAGUUUUCUUGGGUGGUGUUGAUAAAAACACUCAAUUCUGGCGUUACUUUAUGGGUAACUUGGCCUCUGGUGGUGCUGCUGGUGCAACUUCACUCUGCUUUGUAUAUCCAUUGGACUUCGCCCGUACUCGUUUAGCCGCUGAUACUGGUAAGGGAGGUGCCCGCGAAUUUACCGGUCUUGGUAAUUGCUUGGCUAAGAUUUUCAAGAGUGACGGUAUUGUUGGUUUGUACCGCGGCUUUGGUGUAUCUGUACAGGGUAUCAUUAUCUACCGUGCUGCCUACUUCGGAUUCUACGAUACUGCUCGUGGUAUGUUACCAGAUCCAAAGAACACACCAAUCUACAUCAGCUGGGCUAUUGCUCAAGUUGUUACAACUGUUGCUGGUAUUGUAUCCUAUCCAUUCGAUACUGUACGUCGUCGCAUGAUGAUGCAGUCUGGCCGUAAAGCUACCGAAAUCGUCUACAAGAACACAUUACACUGCUGGGCCACAAUUGCAAAACAAGAAGGUGGUGGUGCCUUCUUCAAGGGUGCAUUCUCCAACGUGCUCAGAGGUACUGGUGGUGCUUUCGUGCUUGUACUCUAUGAUGAAAUCAAGAAAUUAAUGUAAAUCAAAUCACUACAAUACUGCUAAACAAAUAUUUAAUUUAAACAAAUACCAUUAAUAAAUUAAAUUAAGAUAAAAAAUUGUAAUUUAAAUUGUAAGAGCCACGUUUAAAUAAUUUGUGUAACAUCAUAACAGACAGGACAUAUAAACAACCAACAAAUAGAUCAUGUUGACCCCUAAAGAUAACAACAGUUAAAAUAAUACAAAACUUAAUAAAAAUAGUAAA